AUGGCGGUUGCAGAGGAGCCGGAGGUGUCGUCCACGCUGUCCCUGGGUGCAGCGGCCACCACGCUGUCCGGGCUCUGGAAGUUGAGGCGGUCCAGCCUCUCGGGCGCCAACCUCGCCUUCUCCGCGGUCUCGGUGAACCUGCCCAAGCUGGACGCCAAGGUGGCCAGCACAGUGCAGAGCGACAAGAGCUUGAACCGCCACUCGCAGCACGUGAGCACCCACAAUGGGAUCCACCUGGUUUCCACGGAGAGGCGCAAGGCGCUGCUGUCCACCCUGGAGGAUGGGCUGCAGUACACCGACGCCUUCAAGGCCUGCUGCCGCCGGAAGUACGGCAACAUGGUGCGGGCCUGGCGGCUGCUGCUGGACCCGGGGGGCAACGGCCGGGUGUCCUUCGUGCCCUUCUGCAACUCCGCGCGGGCCAUGGGCUUCGUGAACGUCUCCACGUUGUGGCGGCACCUGGACGUGAAGAGCGGGGGGUUUAUCACGUUGGACAGCUGGGAUCCCGCGGCCUACCGGGUUUUGAUGGAGUUCCGUGAGAUCUGCCGAGCGGAGUUCGGGGGCAUGAAUGAAGCCUUCCGCUUCGGCAUGAACAAGAACGGCUCCGGAACCUGCUACAGACCGGAGUUCCACAAGUUCUUGUCGGACUUCGAGUUCUCCGGGGACCCGCAGACCUUGUGGGACGCCCUGGAUAAGGACCGGGGCGGGUUCAUCACCGUGGACGAGCUGCACUUCCUGUCGAGAUGGGAAGGCAUGCGCUUCCGUUCGGACAAGGUCGAGCGCGACUUCAAUCUGGGCCUCGCGCGAUUGAAGAUCUGCAAGCAGCAGCGCCAGAUGCACCAGCAGAGGAUGUGCGAGUUCAAAGCUCGUGUGGCAGAUGACAAGUUAGCAUUGGAGCGAAACCGGAGCAAGAGGGCGACAACUGUCAAGCAGUCCGUUCUCCUGCAGCAAGAUGCACAGUUGCAAUCUCCGCCCCCAGAAGAGAGCGAGCAAGUGGCUCGGGAAGCCGACAGCGAUGGGGAGCUGGACGUGAGCGGGGAUUGGAUUUUCCGCACGGGAGACUGUGAUAUAUAG